GCGCAGGCAGCCUCACGAGCAGCCGCGGCGACCGGGCCGGGAGGGAGGGCGGCGUCAUGGAGCUGAAGAAGGAGAGCAACGCUGUGGCCAUCGACAUGCUGUUGAUCGUGCACUCGGAGAAGCGGCGCGCCGCGCAGGGCACGCACUCGGACCCCCAGGCGGAGCCCGACGCGCGUCUGCAGCGCGGAGGAGGACUCCCGGGCGUUGGAAAUGGGAUCCGGAAGUGGCAGAAAUUGGAAGGAAAUGACCUUCAUGGAAACCUGGCAGAGAAGCAGCACCCUCAGCAGCCCCAGGUCAUCACUUCCUAUGACAACCAAGGGACGCAGCUGACAGUGGAGGUCCACCCUCGAGAUGCCAUGCCCCAGUUUCUCAAGAAGUUCUCCUUGGCUAAACGUUUACAAAGUGAUAAAAAUGGAAACACAAGACCACCGCAGCCUGGAAACAAAGAUGCCUUUGCCUACCCCUGGGACCGGUCCAGCCUAAAGUCCAUGCCUCUGGAUCUGCAUCAGUUUGAAAAGCUGGACACCUACGCCUCACAGGUGACGGUCAAGAGUGGCUUAGAUGAACUGGUGAGUGACCUGCUCCAGGAGGCCCACAGUGAUCUGGAAAGGGUCCGUGCCAUCUGGAUCUGGAUCUGCCACCACAUAGAGUAUGACAUUGAGGCUGCCCAGGAGAAGGACCGGCAGGCCUUCAAGCCCACUGACAUCCUGCGAACCCAGAAGGCCAACUGUGAUGGCUACGCUGGCCUCUUUGAAAGAAUGUGCAGGAUUGCUGGAGUGCAGUGCAUGACAGUGCCUGGCUACUCCAAGGGCUUCGGCUACCAGACAGGACAGAGCUUCUCUGGAGAGUUUGACCAUGCCUGGAAUGCCGUGUACCUGGAGGGAAGAUGGCACCUCCUGGACAGCACCUGGGGCAGCGGUCUGGUGGACAAGGUCACCUCAAAAUUCACGUUCCUCUACAACGAGUUCUACUUCCUCACCCACCCCGCGCUGUUCAUUGAGGACCACUUCCCAGACAACAAGAACUGGCAACUGCUGAAACCUCCACAGUCUCUGAGGCAGUUUGAAAACAGCAUGUAUCACAAGAGUGAAUUCUACAACAAGGGGAUGCUGAGUGCCCACCCAGACGUGUCCAUGAUCAGAACAGUGAACGGGAAGGCUACGAUCACCAUAGAGAGCUGCGCCCCGACGCUGUUCAUGUUCAUGCUCAACGGCAAGCAGGAGCAUGGGCUACUGAGCCUCCAGAAGAACGGGAUGAAGCUGGAGAUAUACCCUCCCACCAUGGGCACCCACAAGCUGCAGAUCUUUGCCAAGGGCAACUCAGACAUCUACAGCUCAGUGCUGGAGUACACACUCAAGUGCAACUUUGUGGACCUAGGGGUCCGGCUGCCAGCCGAGCUUCACCAGCCUGUGGGCCCCAGCUGGUUCUCGGAGCAGAUGGGGAUCAUAAAACCCUCCCACCCUGACCCCGUCAUCCAUACCCGGGAUGGACGCUGCUCUAUCAGCUUCGGCGUGGAGGAGGGCACCAGCGUCCUGGCUUCCCUGCACGGAGAUGACGGCCCCAUCACUGAGGAGACGCAGCGGCGCUACAUCUUCCAGCUACACCGGGAGAAGCGGACUGAGCUGAAGGUCCAGCUGCCCCAUGCCGGCAAGUUUGCCCUCAAGAUCUUUGUCAAGAAGAGGCAGGAGCCGGGCAACUACAUCUUUGUCUUCAACUACCUCCUGUGCUGCACCAACACCAAGGUGAGCUGGCCCAUGUUUCCCGAGAGCUUUGGCAACUGGGGACAGGACAAUGAGCUACUGGAGCCUCUGUCCGGUGUGCUUCCCGCCAACCGGAAUGUCCCAUUCAAGCUGAAGCUGCACGGAGUUGCCAAAGCCCUGGUGAAAGGGCAGGACACAUGGCCCCUGACCCUGAGCCACGAGGGCUACUGGGAAGGCAGCUGCAGCACAGCCGGCUGCCAGGAGGUCUACGUCAUGGUGCUGGAGAACGCCAACCACAACUUCUACUCCUACAUCCUGAAGUACAGAGUGAACACCCAGUGAGGAUGGCCUGGCCACAAAUACUGUCCCUGAGGGCCAUGGCCAGCCCUACCCAGGAGAGGCCAAGUGCAGAGAGACUGGACACCACUGUGUCUACACAAAACCAUUUCUAGGCCUCCAGCUCAGUCUUGCUGCUCCAUCACUGGUGCUGAGAUGUUUGUGUUCUAAAGCUUCACUCAGUGUGGCCAUGGCUGAAGGGAUGGAGGUGAAGGCCUUGGAGGAAAAAGGUGCUAUGUAAAUCCAAGGUAUUGUGAACUGCCCACCUGUGCCCAGAUGCCCCCUUUGUGUGCUAAUGUUGUUACCAUAGACGGGGUCAGCGUGGGAAAGCAGGGCUGUGGUCCAAGCUGAAAGCUUUCCCCGUGAUGCUUAGUGAAUUCUCCAGGCCCCAGAGGAGUAUGAUACAUACGGCUGCAUCUCCCUUGAUCACGGGGCCCCUGCAAGCAGCGCAUGGUGUCACCCCACAGCUCCUGGACCGCAGGGAAAAAUGGACCUGACUGUCUUCCGACUCCAUGCUGCCUCCUCCUCAUUAGCCACUCCUUGCUCUUCCAGAGCCCUGGGGAUCAAACGCAUGAGAGAAAGCUGAGCCCAGAGUGGCAGGGUUGGUGACAGCGAAAGCAGAGGCCCCAGGGCCGGCUCAUGGGCCUGCUGGGUAGCGGGUGGAGUGAUUCUUCGGCAGUCCUGCAACACAGUCUAAGUCAUCUGACUUAGUCCCCUACAGGAGCACACAGGGCAGUGACUGUGGCUCAUGGGCUCAAGGCUCAGCCUUCCUGGGAGCCUCCAGAGACUGGCUAGGCCUGUCAGGGGCUGAAUGACAAAGCUCCAUAGAGCCCCAGGCCACAGGGGGUGAUGUGGCUGGGGCAGUGCUCAGAAACUCACACAGGCCACUGCCAGCCCCAGAGCCCCUGCCACCCAAGUGAGGGGACCCUGCCUGCUCAGCAGCAGCUUUUGUGCUGUGGCAAAGAGAAAAGUCCUAUCCCAUCUCCUCUCCUUUCUGAAAAUGAGACUCAGCCCACUCACACAGAGCACUGCCUGUUGGGGGAUGGUUGGGGCCCUGGCUUGCUCAGGACUGUCCAAAGAAGCCCCAGCUGCCCAGCUAGUCCUGGGAAGCACCUGAGGCUGGUGUUGCCAUGGCAACAAGUAGAAACCGGGCUGAGCAGGGUAGGAGAAAGGGAAGGGCUGAGAGACACCCUCCAAGGUCAAUGCACGAGCAUCUGGCAUAUGGACACACUCCAGGGUACUCCCUGCUGAACCCCUGGAGUCCUCAGCUCUGUCAGCCCUGCCUGUCCCACCUUUCCCCCAGAGCAGUCCACACCCAAACCUCUCCUGCAGCCUCCGCACCCGGCCCGGCUCAGCAGCAGCAGCCUCAGCCAGCCUGGGCCGCUCAUGCCUUCCUUCUUCGCCCGUCUUCCUCUGUGCACACGCAGUAAGCGCCCAGAGCCGUGCUAGAAGCUGGGUUACAGAGGUAGAGCAAAGGGGUCCAGCCACAACCACCCAGGGCUCCCAGUAGGUGACUGGCCAGGGACACAGCCUCCCCCGCCCCAGGACUGGCUGAAGUUCCAGGUCCCACAGCCCACCCCAGCCUGGGGCCCCUCUUCCGUAGGGACCUGGCUCAGGGCCGACUUCCACCAAGCAGAGGCCUUACACAUGGGGCGCUCCUGGAGGGCCCAGCUCCCCACCCUAGGUCCAGCAUUCUUGAUGAGCCCACCACCCACCACUACCUCGCUUAGCUUGAGAAACACGCAGAGGCCCAGGAGAUACAAGCACUAUGCCCCGCCACAAGGAAACAAAGGGGCCUUUACACCCUGAAAACAGCCCUUUUUUCACAUAUGUGAUGUUAAGGGCUGAAAGAAAUGUGUUGUGUUUUAUCAAAACAAGAGUCUUCUAAGGCUCAUGCCACUCAGUGGAUCCACCGCGACCGCCACAGGCAGCCUGGCAGAGGACACACACACCUUCCUAACACCGUGUCACUAAUCAGUACGCCUGGGAGCCUGCAGAGCACACCGCCCAACGAAGAGGAGCCGUGCCCAGCACCAGAGGGGGAAGCCCGCGCCCCCAAGCUCCGCAGGGCACCCGCAGGCCCUCCCCUACUCAUUGAAUCAGGCACCCCCUUUGUAAAAACAGUUGUAGGCACGGUCAGAAAAUCACCUGCAUUUCUUCUCUCUGAAGUAAAAGUACGUGAAAUGAAAUCCAAUCUUCAUGAAUUUUUACACGCAGGCUGCUCAGGCUACAAAUCCGAGGUCACAUGUUGAAGGCUUUUAUUCAAAUGCUCAUCUUUGUUUCCCGGCCGCAGAUGGAAUGGCUCGGGUGCCCCCUGGUGGCCGCUUGCGUGGCCGCGGGCGCUGCAAACCACCAAAUGAUUUAUUAGCU